CAAGAACACACCCAUUUGCAUUUCCAAAAAUAAUAUAAAAAUCGAUCCUUGUUACAUCAAGAGGUACAGUUCAAUCAGAAGUUUCAAGCAGUACAGCUCAUCCUACAGCAACUAUCAAAAUGUUCACCAAAGUGAUCUUCAUCGCCGCUCUGGCCAUUUCGUGCGUCGUCGCCAAGCCAGGAGUCGUCGCUCCCGUGGCCUAUUCAGCUCCUUUGGCCUAUGCUGCUCCAGCUCCUGCUUUCGUGACGGCCCAAAGCUCUCAGGUCAUCGCUCGCAACUACAACGGAGUGGCUCCUCUGGCUUACACUGCUGCCCUUCCUGCUCCCGUGGCGUAUGCCGGUCCAGUAGCCAAGGUCGCUGCCCCAGUGGCUUAUGCUGCUCCAGCUGUUGCUGCUGCCGCUCCACUAGCAUACACUGCUGCCGCUGCUUAUGCUGCUCCUUAUGCCGCUCCUUUUGCCAGUCCUUAUGCUGCUGCGUACCGUUAUAGUCCACUGGUGCUGUAAAUUUUUAGAUCAGUACAAAGAAAUUAAAUUAAUUGCUGUUAAAUUGUGA